CUCUUUGACUGAAACUCGGCCGAUAUACUCGUGCUUAUAGAUCGGUCGUCGUUUGUCAGUUGUCGUGAACGGUGGUCAACAGGUACGGCGUUUUGCUUAGCAAAAGUUUGUACCGUGCCGUUGAAAUUUUGAAAAAAAAAAAAAAAAUAUUCUCAUAUAGCAAUGAACGUUAUUUGCACCAAGUCAGACGUGCGAUGUUAAGCGGAGUUAAAAGCUGUGUUAACACAAAAUAAUAAAUACAAAAAAAAAAAAAAAAUCAAGCCGUCGGCAAUUAAAAUAAAAACGUAAAAAUUGAAACAAUUUGUUAUUAAUUAAAGCAAAUAAUACGUGUGCCAUGUUAUUACGAAAAAAAAAACAAAUAAAUAAUAAUAAAGGCUUAUAGUACGUUUACAGGUUUCCGGCUGUAGUAAACCUAGUGGAUUUAAAUUGUCAAUUCUAAUGAAUAUAUGUCAAAUAAAUCCUUCUUAAGAAGGUUAAACCGACAAAAAAAAAACCCUAAUAUAAAUAUGUCAUUAUUCCAUAUGUACAAUAAAUAAUAAUAAAGAUUGUGAACAAAUAAAAUCUAUGGACUUAAAACAAUCAUAGAAAUAAAAGAAAAAAAUAUAGAAAAAAAAUAUCGUCAAAUAAAUAACGAAAAAUCCAAUCACAAGGUUUUCAACUUUCCCCUUGGAGGACAAUGAUGCAUUUAUUUUUCAAAUGUCUACUGGUUGCCCUAAUACCCUUGGUUUUUACCGUUACUCAGGUUAUAACAUCUGCCCCAGCCUAUCAUCGCCAUGUUGAUGAAGGUUACAAGAACAGAUUACCCCAGCCCAAGGUCUGUGCACCGUCUGCCGGCUGUAUGAUAGGCAAAAUAAUGCCCGGAUAUCGGAUAGACAGUUUUGAGGCAUUCAUGGGAAUUCCCUAUGCCCUGCCGCCGGUUGGUGAUUUGAGAUUUAGUCAUCCAAAGGCCUAUCCUCCAACACGGGAUUUGAUUAAUGCCACUGAGCCCAAAUCCGAUUGCAUACAGAAGAAUGAUUUAAUACCAAAUCCACAAUCGAGUGGUUCAGAGGACUGCCUCUAUCUGAAUGUCUACAGGCCAAUUAAAAGCAACGAAAAUCACACCAAGCUACCCGUCAUGGUGUACAUCCAUCAGGGCGGUUGGUUUGCCGGUUCGGUGCAUCCAGCAAUUGUGGGUCCCGAAUACUUCAUGGAUACGGAAGAUGUUAUUUUGGUAACAUUUAAUUAUCGCCUGGGUGUAUUUGGUUUUCUGUCCACCGAGGAUGCAAUUGUGCCGGGUAAUUUCGGUCUCAAAGAUCAGACACUGGCUCUGAAGUGGGUGCAAAAGAACAUAGCGGCCUUUGGUGGUAACCCCCAAAAGGUAACCCUGUUUGGACAAAGUGCUGGUGGGGUAUCGGCCCAUAUGCAUAUGUUGAGUAAACAUUCAGAAGGACUAUUUCAGGCGGUAAUUGCCUUGAGUGGCACCGCCAAUGUUCCCUUUGCGCUGCAGCCAAAUGCUUUGGAACUGGCCCGCCUAACAGCACGGCAUUGUAAUGUGACAAAUGCCCACGAAUUGAGUACAGCAAAACUGUUGAAAGCUCUGAGAGCUGUAGAUGCUGAAACGCUGUUGCGUGCCGCUGAUGCCAUUAAAUAUUGGGAUGUGGAUCCAUUGACUUUGUAUCGACCAGUUGUGGAGAAUUUCGAUUCUCCAGAUGCUUUCUUUACUGAGAAUCCGGUUGAUAUAUUCGAGAGAGGUGAUUAUAAGGCUGUGCCAUUUAUGACGGGUGUGGUGCCAGGGGAAGGUGCCGUACGUGCUGUUGCCAUACUCGAAUCGGAGGAGCUGAGAAAAACAUUCAAUGACAAUUUUGAUUACCUUUUGGAGGAAUUUUUAGAAUUACCACCGGAGUUUGACGAUGAACGUGUGAAAUUUUCAAUGGAGAGCAUCAUCAGGGAGUAUUUCGAUGGGCAGCAUGAAUUGACACCUCAGGGAUUUGUUGAUGUUGUUACUGAUCGUGGUUUCCAUCAUCCGUUCUAUACUACCAUUGAGACCUAUAUUCGUACUGUCAACACUGCCAAGGCCCCGCUGUUUCUCUACUACUUCAAUUAUAAAGGACCCCAUUCGUUUAGUACCAUCUAUUCGGGCGGUGUGACCACCUACGAUUAUGGCGUUGUCCAUUGCGAUGAUUUGAUAUAUUUAUUUCGGUCGCCCCUGCUCUUUCCCGAUUUCGAGAAGAAUUCCACACAUGCCCAAGUCAGCAAGGAUUUUGUAAGACAUUUCGUGGAAUUCGCCAAAAAUCUUAAACCUUACCCCUCCAUGGGAUGCAGUGCAAAGACAUAUCCUUACGAUUCGAAUGAUUCCAUUUGUGAUUAUGUUUUAUUUGAAAAUGCUGGAAAUGAUUCCUAUCGCGUUAGCUUGGAGCAAAAAUUCAAUAUACCUCGAAUGCAGUUUUGGGAUGACAUAAUAAGGGAUAAAUGUUGAAGUGAUGGAGGAGGACGAAGUCAAGCAGGUGUUCAAUAGCUAAGGCACCAAAAUGGAAACUCCUAUGGAAACAAAUCUCUUUCCUUUCAACUUAUGGUCUUGGAUCAAUACGACACAAUAGAUAUUGAAACCAAAAAAAAAAAAAGUAUGCCAA